UUCCCAAUUUUUUUCUAUUUUCUGUUAACCCACUCAGCCAAAACUCUAUCCUCAGCGACCCCAUCUCCUCUCUCUACCUUUCUCUCUCUGUCCCUCUCUCUCAGUUUUACAAACACUUAGAGAGAGACGGAGAAAGGCCAUGGAAAGGCUUCUAUACUCUUCUUCUCCUAACCUCAAAUUCCACCUUAAAUCCACUCCAUUUCUCCCUUCACUUCGACGAUUUGACUCGCCCAAACUCGGUUUUCCCUCUCUACAACGCCCUGAGUUUAGGCGACUCAACUUAGUCUCCUGCAAAUAUGAGAACCCAUCAACCCCUUCAAUUACACUGCUCUCUCUAUCUCCUCCCCCGGUUCACUCGCCAACUGGGUCAAUUCCAAAAUCCCAUUUCCCCCAACAGAUCGCAAAAGGAGAUUCUGUGCAACAAAAGGCAGUUUGUCUUGGGACGUUUAUAGCACUCUCAUCUGUCAUAAUGUUCUUAAUCCACCCAGUUUUUGCUUCACCAGCUUUCGCAACCUUCCAAACUGCUGCCAAGAAUGGGGGUCCUGCUGCUCCUACUGCAGUAGGGUCAAAACUAUUGCGUACUGAAUUACUAAGUAGUGCUUGGACUGGUUUCUUUGCUGGUUGCUUACAUACACUGUCAGGACCAGACCACCUUGCUGCUUUGGCUCCACUAUCAAUUGGUCGUUCCAGGAUGGAAAGUGCUGUUGUUGGAGCUCUAUGGGGCUGUGGUCAUGAUGCUGGUCAGGUUAUAUUUGGCUUGCUGUUUCUAUUGCUAAAGGAUCGACUCCGCAUUGAGAUUAUCAGAACUUGGGGCACAAGAGUAGUUGGUUUUACACUACUUGUUAUUGGUGCUAUGGGAAUUAGGGAAGCUUCAGAAGUCCCAACCCCGUGUGUUGCCCUUGAAAAUGGUGAGUGUGAUGUUAGCGUUUAUGAAGCACUAGAAAGCCCAACAGUGGAUAAGAAGAAGAAGAUAGGUUUUGCUACUUUUGCCACUGGGAUUGUCCAUGGGCUGCAACCAGAUGCAUUGAUGAUGGUCUUGCCUGCGCUUGCAUUGCCUUCACGCUUGGCUGGUGCUGCAUUUCUCAUCAUGUUCCUAUUGGGAACUGUUGUUGCAAUGGGAAGCUAUACAGUAUUUAUAGGCUCGUGUAGUCAGGCAUUAAAGGAUCGAGUACCAAGAAUUACUGAAAAACUCACUUGGAUUUCUUCUUUCAUUGCAAUUGCUCUUGGCCUGGCCAUUAUCAUUAGCCAGUUUUUUGGAUUUAGCUUGUAUUAAUGCAUCUAAAACAGGCACCAAGAUUCAUAUUUGCAAGCCAGCAUUUAGUGUUAGAGAAAGAUCUUUAGAAAGGAAUAGUCAAUUCAUUUUCUGCUGAAAGAAAAAAGAAAUCUGCAGCAUCUUAUCUCGGUGAGAAACAUCAUCUUUAUUAUUUUGCUUUUUGAGUUUGUACUUUUUGACAUACAAGUGAAGCCUAUGUCUUUAAGAAGUCUUUGUAGUUCAGUCGUGAUAGAAUUUGCGUUCAGUUGAACAAUAUAAGCCUUUAGUUGAAUUAUUUGAUGCAAUACAUUUCUUGUACUCCUCAUUGGAGUCCUCGUAUC